AAUUUUUCUUUGUUCAGUUCUGAUUAAGCCUUCGAUUGGAAGUUCCUCCGGUUCUCACCAUUUCUCCUUGUUCGUUACGAACGGGAAAGGAUUCUUAGUUUUCUUGGUGACAAGUCUGGUCAAGCCGCUUCGCUCUGAGUUUUUGUUUUCUCUGCCUGUAAUGCCGUCGCUGUGAAUUUACUACGGCUUGAAUUUGCCUGCUUUGGACUCUGAUCGGUAUCGGCACCGUACUGAAGGAGUGAGUCGAGCACCUGAGCAUCUCUAGGGUUUUCCAUUUUCCUACUCGGUGUUUAGAUGGGGGCUAUGCCUUCUACGCCGCGUCGGACCAACUCACGGCCGCAGGAUACGGCGGAGUACCUAAUCGGAACUUUUGUCGGAGACGAGUCCUUCCCCAUUUCCUCUGAUUUCUGGCAGAAAUUGCUCGAGCUUUCUCUUAAUCUGCAAUGGUCGACUCACCGCGUUCGACAAGCUUGUGAGCUUUUAGCUACAAACAACUACAAGACGAGGCAUCUUGCAAAGAUUUUAAUCCACAUGGCAUGGUGCUUGCAGGAGUGCAUUACGAAUUCUGGAGCGUCGUCCUUGACUUAUGAGAAGGCAAUUAACGCUGUUUAUAUCUCAUCUGUUUUCUUGAAGCACUUGAUUGAAAAUGCGAAAAGUGACAGGAUUGGGGAGUUACAUCUGUCCUUAAACGAUAGUGAACAUGUACCAAAUGAAUUCACAGGAGGUUUUGCAGAUCAAAAUGUUGAGGAUCUUGUUAUGCAUUCUGUUCUUAGCUUUGUCGGUUCAGUUAAUAUAAGCGACGAUAAAUAUUUCCUCCAUGUGGAGCUGCUUAACUUUUUGUUGAUUGCCAUGUCGACUCAACUUCUUUCUGGUCCAUCUCCUAGGCCAAAGGAUUUUAACCCAUUUAUUGAUGCAGCCAUGACUCAGGACAGUGCCUUGGUUAUUGUAGUCAUGCGCAAAUUACUACUCAAUUAUAUAAGUCGGCCCAGCAUACCUUUAAAUGGUUCUUAUCCCAUAUUUUCUGAUGGAAACCAGUCUGGCGUCUUACAGAGAGUUGGUUCUGCAGCAGCAAGUCUUGUGUUAAUGCCCUUCAAUUAUCUGGUCAAUUCAACUGCCCAAGGCUCAAGAAGUCCACUGGCUGAUUGCAGUCUAAACGUUCUGCUUAUUCUCAUUCAUUAUCGCAAGUGUAUUGCUAGCAAUGAAUCUGCAGAAAGUGGUGAUAACAUUACUUCAGAUUCUCUUUUAAAAGAGGAUGGAACCUUUUAUGAUAAUCCGUAUUGCAAGGCCUUGGAAAAUGCAUCUGAUGUUGAAUUUGAUCGCGUUGAUGCAGAUGGAAGUACACAUAAUGGUCCAUUUGUGCGGUUGCCAUUUGCUUUGCUGUUUGAUACUCUUGGAAUGUGCUUAGCUGAUGAGGCUUCCGUGCUUCUGCUCUACUCGUUAUUGCAAGGGAAUUCUGACUUCCUGGAAUAUGUUUUGGUGCGAACGGAUUUGGAUACAUUGUUGAUGCCCAUUUUGGAAGCACUCUAUAAUGCUUCAAGGAGGUCAUCUAAUCAAAUCUACAUGCUGCUUAUUAUACUUCUCAUUCUUAGUCAGGAUUCUUCAUUCAAUGCAAGCAUUCACAAGCUGAUACUUCCAGGGGUUCCUUGGUACAAGGAGCGUCUUCUUCAUCAAACAUCUCUUGGUUCCCUGAUGGUGAUAAUCUUGAUCAGGACUGUACAGUUCAACCUAUCUAAGUUGCGGGAUGUGUAUCUUCAUACGACUUGUCUUGCAACUUUAGCAAACAUGGCUCCUCACGUCCACCGUUUGAGCUCAUAUGCAUCUCAGAGGCUGGUCAGCCUUUUUGAUAUGCUCUCAAGGAAGUAUAAUAGAUCAGCAGAACUUAGAGACAACAAGGUUGAUAAUGCUAAAACCAACUCCAUGGAAGUAAAUUUCCCAGCUGAUGAUGCGUCAACUGAGAUGCAUAUUUAUACCGACUUCCUGAGACUUGUCCUUGAAAUUCUGAAUGCUAUUCUGUCUUAUGCUCUACCCCGGAAUCCAGAGUUUAUAUAUGCAAUAAUGCACAGGCAGGAAGUAUUUCAGCCAUUUAAGAAUCACCCACGAUUUAAUGAACUUCUCGAGAACAUCUACACUGUAUUAGAUUUCUUCAAUAGCCGCAUAGAUGCUCAAAGAAUGGAUGGUGAUUGGUCAGUAGAGAAAGUGCUGCAAGUUAUCAUUAACAACUGCAGAUCUUGGCGUGGGGAAGGCUUGAAGAUGUUUACUCAAUUACGUUUCACGUAUGAGCAAGAGAGUCAUCCUGAAGAGUUUUUCAUUCCAUAUGUGUGGCAGCUUGUACUAUCAACCUGCGGAUUCAACUUUAAUGCUGGAGUUAUAAAUUUGUUUCCGGCCAAUCUACCUUCAGAAAAAGAAGAUGAUGAAAAUACGACACAACAUGAUAAGCAACCAAAUGGUGAGGCUCAGAAGUUGGCGAUCUACGUGGAUCCUUAGGAGAUGCAAGGUAUGAUAAUAUGCCCCGCUUCCCCCCCAGUAGAGAUGUGGAUGGUUUACGGUGAAUAUGAAUAUGUAUAUAGAUGAAAAUACUAGAAAAAUAUAUUCAUCCAUUCUUUUCUGUUUAUAUGUUUUGAAGCAAGGCCCUCUGUAGAUAAAUUGUUUUCAGGAGAUAAAAUGUGUAAUGAAUAAGACACUGUGAGCAAAUCCAAUAUCAAGAUAAAAGUUUUUGGUUAAUAAAA